CGGUUACCUGUCGGCUGGGCGCGCGCGGCCGGGAGCUGGGGCCCCGGGGUUGCGGAGGGGGCUGUAAGGAGAGUUCGCGAACAAGUCUGGAGGCCGGCGCUGGACGGGGCGAGGCAGUAGGCGUGGACCGGAGACGGCGAGCGGGGCACCGAGUCGAGGCGUAGAGGUCACCCUCGGGAGGUUUCGGCGAAACCUGAUGGGCAAGAGCCGGCACCCGGGAUCGCGCCUUAGGAGGCAGCUCAGUUCAGCCUGACUUUUGUUUCGGGGAGUUGAGGCGAGCUGCACAGACGUAAUUGUAAUUACACAGCCCUUCCAGCGUGGAUAACUCGCUCCGACCGCCCGGGGAAAAGAGAGCUUAAUGGACUCUGGAAGUGAUGGUGGUUAUCCUAUGAUGAGGCAUUUGCUAUGGCUAAUGACCCCUUGGAAGGCUUCCAUGAAGUAAACCUCGCUUCACCUACUUCUCCAGACCUUCUUGGUGUGUAUGAACCAGGAACUCAAGAGCAGACUACCUCACCAAGUGUCAUCUACAGGCCACAUCCUUCAGCUUUAUGCUCCGCCCCUAUCCAGGCUAAUGCCUUAGAUGUUUCCGACCUUCCUACACAACCUGUGUAUUCAUCCCCCAGACGUUUAAAUUGUGCAGAAAUAUCUAGUGUCAGCAUCCAUGUUACAGACCCAGCACCUUGUUCUACCUCUGGAGUCACAGCUGGGUUAACUAAAUUAACUACAAGAAAGGACAACUGUAACGCAGAGAGGGAGUUUUUACAGGGUGCUACCAUAACAGAGGCCUGUGAUGGCAGUGAUGAUAUUUUUGGGUUGAGUACUGAUAGUCUGUCCCGCUUACGAAGCCCAUCUGUUUUGGAAGUUAGAGAAAAGGGCUAUGAAAGAUUAAAAGAAGAACUUGCAAAAGCUCAGAGGGAACUGAAGUUAAAAGAUGAAGAGUGUGAGAGGCUUUCUAAAGUACGAGAUCAACUUGGACAGGAAUUGGAGGAACUCACAGCUAGUCUGUUUGAGGAAGCUCAUAAGAUGGUGAGAGAAGCAAAUGUCAAGCAGGCAACAGCAGAAAAACAGCUAAAAGAAGCACAAGGAAAAAUUGAUGUACUUCAAGCUGAAGUAGCUGCAUUGAAGACACUUGUAUUGUCCAGUUCUCCAACAUCACCUACACAAGAGCCUCUGCCAGGUGGAAAGACACAUUUUAAAAAGGGGCAUACAAGAAAUAAAAGUACAAGCAGUGCUAUGAGUGGCAGUCAUCAGGACCUCAGUGUGAUACAGCCAAUUGUAAAAGACUGCAAAGAGGCUGACUUAUCCCUGUAUAAUGAAUUCAGAUCUUGGAAGGAUGAGCCCAUAAUGGACAGAACAUGUCCUUUCUUAGACAAAAUCUAUCAGGAAGAUAUUUUUCCAUGUUUAACCUUCUCAAAAAGUGAGUUGGCUUCGGCUGUUCUGGAGGCUGUGGAAAACAAUACUCUAAGCAUUGAACCAGUGGGACUACAACCUAUUCGAUUUGUGAAAGCGUCUGCAGUUGAAUGUGGAGGACCAAAAAAAUGUGCUCUCACAGGUCAGAGUAAGUCCUGUAAACACAGAAUUAAAUUAGGGGACUCAAGCAAUUAUUAUUAUAUUUCUCCUUUUUGCAGAUACAGGAUCACUUCUGUAUGUAACUUUUUCACGUAUAUUCGAUAUAUUCAACAGGGACUUGUGAAACAGCAGGAUGUUGAUCAAAUGUUUUGGGAAGUUAUGCAGUUGAGAAAAGAGAUGUCAUUGGCAAAGCUGGGAUAUUUCAAAGAGGAACUGUGAUGCUCUGCCUGGGACCAUGCAUGAACCUCCCUGAAGACCUGGAAAAUGACUGAAUAUUUUUAUGGUUACUUGAUAUUUAUUUCCUUUCAAGGAGUGGGUCCAAGACUUUUUCCCUCUUUUGCAAAUUACACUGAAAAGUACUAUGAUUUCUUUUAAACUGACCUAUGCUGUGUUUGCUUAUUUAGUUGAACACACUAUAAAGAAUUACAGGUGUACUAGUGAUUGUAAUUUAUAGUUGCAAAAAAAAAGCUAAAUAAAUAAAUAUUAGAUUGAGUGUAUUUUUGCUUUCUCUUCUAGCUCUGACAUGAUAUAUAGGGUCAGCUGAAUAUAUUGAAUUGUAGUUUUCAAACUUCAUAGCAGCCUGCAAAAGACAAGAGAAGGGUAAGUGAACAGGAUCAGCUUCCUUCCCCCCCCACUACAAUGACUCUAUUUUUGUCUGUUUUAUAUGUUAGGAUUGAAAAACAUUUUAUUUAAAGAAAGAUUUCUUCUGAAAAGAAAGUUACUUUUAUUCAUUCUGUUCUCUGUAACUUAAAGAAUCCCUUUAUUAUGGUGAUUAAUAGAGGACAAUCACAUUUUAUUCUAGAGAUGCAUUCUUGAACAUCUUGAUGUAGUGUAUUUAUACUUUACAUACAUUGAGCACUGUAGUAAUCAUUGAAAGGGUAUAAAGAUAAAUUAGGAGUUUGAUGUGUGCUCAGGGGAGUUGGAAAGGGUGUGGGUUGAAAGAGUGAUACUUGCAAAGGAUACACUGAUCCCAGAGCCACUCGAUCUGUCAGUUUCAAAUUGUAAAACAAAUGGUGUGGAAAAGCAAAAAGAAGAAAUGAGAAACCACUUUAGUCCCUCCAUCUAGAGAAAGCUACUCAAUAUUUUUGAAGAAUAGACUUUCAGAUAUUUUCUACCUAUGUGUGUACAUUUCUGAAACAAAAAGUAGACUUUUUUUUUUACUUAAAAAUUCUACAAAUCUGGAUCAAUGUAAGGUUUUGAUGAUGGGAUGUUAACUAAUUGUGUUUGGACAUUAGUUUGUUUUAAAUUUCUUUUUCUUGUCAUAAUGCUGUGAUGAGGAUCCUUUUGUAUACUUCUUGGAACAUUGUUGGCUUAUUUCCUUCAUGUAGAUGCCUAGAAGUAAAAUUGUUGGGUCAAGCAAGGUA